AUGGUUGUCUUGAGGAUAAGAAACGCUCACAAAAGGAAAUAUGCACUUAUCUGCCUGUGUAUUGUUGGUUUCAUUGUGUACAAAUAUGUCGGCAUGCCAUCGGGGGGACAGAGGAUGAGCAGGAAGGUGGGCCUGAGUGCCAACGCGUCCCAGUUCACCCUGGAGGGAGAGCCCUUCCGCGUCCUCGGGGGCUCCGUCCACUAUUUCCGCGUGCCCAGGGCCUACUGGAGGGACCGCCUGAUGAAGAUGAAGGCCUGUGGCAUCAACACCCUCACCACGUACGUGCCGUGGAGUCUGCACCAGCCGGAGAGAGGGGUUUUCAACUUCUACACACAGCUGGAUUUAGUAGCUUAUAUCAACCUCGCUGCUGAAUUGGGAUUGUGGGUGAUUUUGCGUCCAGGGCCCUACAUUUCCUCUGAGCUGGACCUAGGAGGACUGCCAAGCUGGCUCCUCCGUGAUGGCAGCAUGAGGCUCAGGACGACUCAUCCGGGCUUUACUCAGGCUGUCAAUACUUUUUUUGACAAACUCAUACCAAGAGUGGUUCCUCUGCAGUUCAAGAAAGGAGGACCCAUCAUUGCAGUGCAGGUUGAAAACGAGUAUGGAUCCUUUGCGAAGGAUGAAAGUUACAUGCUUUUCAUUAAAGAGGCCUUACAGUCCAAAGGGAUCAGCGAGCUCCUGCUCACAUCAGAUUACCACAACACAUUAAAGUCUGGGGGUGUGGAUGGAGCUAUCAGAUCAUUGAAAUUGCAGAAGCUGAAUCAGAUGGAGCUCCAGGAUCUGAACGCUAUCCAGCCCAACAGCCCCACCAUGGUGAUGGACUACUGGACCGGCUGGUAUGAUGUGUGGGGGGACCUCCACCAUGUGCUUCCUCCGGAGGAUAUGAUGUCCACUGUGAGAGAAAUUCUGAGGCGGGGCAUGUCUGUCAACCUGUACAUGUUCCACGGAGGCUCCAGUUUUGGCUUCAUGAGCGGAGCACGCGCCGAUCCUUCCUACAAAGCUCUGAUCCCCAGCUACGACUAUGAUGCUCCCUUGUCUGAGGCGGGGGAGUACACUCCAAAGUACCACCUCCUCAGGGAUUUACUUUCUCUAUACAACAGAGGCAGUUUCCCUGACAUGCCAGCCCUGCAUUACAGGGAGUCUUAUGAACCUGCUAUCAUGUACCAGCACCUGUCAUUAUGGGAUGCUUUGAGCUUCACUGAGGGACCAUUUAAGUCACCCAAGCCAGUAAGCAUGGAGAAUCUACCUGUGAACAACAGGAACGGCCAGUCCUAUGGAUACACGCUGUAUGAGGCUACCAUCACCAGUGGAGGAUUACUGAAGUCUGGAGACAAUGUCCGAGACCGUGCCCUGGUGUUUGUAGAUAGAAGCUACAUUGGUCUUUUCAAGCGGCACAAUCUGGAGCUGGCAGUUCCUGAUGGUAAGGGACGACGUACCUUGAGUUUAUUGGUGGAAAACUGUGGACGAGUUCACCAGGGAAGGGACCUUGACAAACAACAUAAAGGCCUUGUGGGAGACAUUUUAUUAAACAAUACCCCUUUGCGAGACUUUACAAUGUACAGCCUGGAUAUGAAACCCAGCUUUAUUGAUAGUCUUUAUCAGGCACCUUGGAGAUCUCUCCCCGACACUCCCAGCUUCCCUGGAUUUUUCAUGGGGAGGCUGUUUGCCUACGGGUAUCCGAGUGACACGUUUGUGAAGCUGCCUGGCUGGGAGAAAGGUGUUGUGUUUAUCAAUGGGCUGAAUCUGGGCCGCUACUGGUCAAUUGGGCCCCAGCAGGCUCUCUACCUCCCUGGUCCAUUUCUCAACAGUGGAAUCAACCAGGUCAUUGUGUUUGAAGAGCAGGAGGGUGACUACAAGAUCCACUUUGAGGACACGCCUGAUCUUGGCAUGACAGCAGACAUUCAAUGAUUGUCAUCCCUGCCUGUAUGGGCAUUGUUU